AAAAGUACAUUUUGGUACAGUCCCAAUCUUAGCUUCUUAAAAUAUCCUCCGCCCCCAAUUAUGUUCCACACUUUCGUAAACUAAAAUAUAGCCUUCUCUAAAGGGUUUCCCCAAGAACUCCCCAUCCUUGGAAAUCAUUUGACCAAUUACAUAAGCUUGAGAAUACAGUAACGCUGGGCGGGGUUUACUCAGAGCGGCCAGGAACAUUAAAGCCCAUUGGCUGACCUCUUUAUGGAAAGUGACUGAUCAUUCUAUGUUAAGCCCUAGACAAGGCAAGGAAGUCAAGGAUCACGACAAAUCAUGACCUAUCCUCCCUAAUGGGAGGGGUAAGUCCGUCACUACUUUCAGAGUUCUCUCUUUGUCGCCCGUAGAUGUCCUUUAGUUCUUGGAAGAGUUCAACAGUUAUCCAAUUAAAGGGUUAUCCCUCCUUUUAGUUGCCUAGUCUGCAGGGCUUUAGGAUUUGUGCCAUCGUCAACAGUCAAUUCCGGCUUGGAGCUGCGACACUCCUCACAUCUCACACUGAAUAGACUGCUGCUACUGCUGAACUUCUGGAUUUGACACACCAUUUCCACAUUUCAUUCAGAAAGAGGUCCUCUGAGGCAUUAUGGGUGCCCACGGAUCCAGCAUGGAUGAAGUCUUGGCUGAGGACAUGCACCACUGGUACAACAAAUUCAUGAGGGAAUCGCCUUCAGGUCUCAUCACGCUCUUUGAGCUCAAGGCCAUGCUGCAGAUGCAGGGGAUGACCGAGGAAGCCAGCAGCUUUGUGGACCAGGUCUUCUUCACUUUCGACAUGGAUGGGGAUGGCUAUAUAGAUUUUGUAGAAUACAUCGCAGCUGUAAGUCUGCUACUGAAAGGAGAGAUAAACCAGAAACUGAAGUGGUACUUCAAACUCUUUGACCAGGAUGGAAACGGCAAGAUUGACAGAGAUGAAAUGGAGACCAUAUUCAAAGCCAUUCAAGACAUUACCCGGAGUUAUGAUAUCCCUCCAGAUGAUAUUGUGACACUGAUCUAUGAGAGGAUUGAUGUUAAUAAUGAAGGUGAGUUGACAUUGGAGGAGUUCAUCACAGGAGCUAAAGAACAUCCUGACAUCAUGGAGAUGCUCACCAAGAUGAUGGACCUCACACAUGUCCUGGAGAUCAUAGUCAAUGGGCAGAAAAAGAAGGAGUGACUGCCAAUGAAUGACGCACUGGACAAUAAGAGGAUCCCCUCCUAAUUGAAGAUGAUCAACUCUGUGGCUGGAAAGCGUGAAGCAGACUCAGUAGAGGGUGAAACCUGCUAGCAGCAUCUCAGAGGUGGACAUGAGCGACCAUCGACGUCAACAUCUGUCUUUCAAACACUUUGUCUCUGUGCCUCAGAUAUCUAGUUAGCAGAGCUCUCUUUCACCUCUACUUUUAAUUGCAUCACCUUUACAAGUCUGAAAAUGUCAUUCUCGCAGGAAGAAAUGACGCAAGAGGAGAUGAGGUUUAAAUCUAGGGUAGGCAGAGUUUUUCAUAAACAUUUUUUUUGUUAAAAACUCUGUUCACAUUCUGAUAGCAAUCAAUAAUAGAAGUGGUCUAAGUAUUCAAAAACAUUACAUAUAUUUUCCGUGGAAGUUUCAGGAGCAAAAAAAUGUCCGUCCAAUCAUUGCAUUCGGUUCGAAUGCAAUGAUAGGAUAUCCUACCUGCCUGCCAACUUGUGUGUUUGCAUGCCUCCUUGCGCCUGCAUACGGCAUCAGCGCGAAUAUGAGGCUAUUCACAGUCACUUGCUGCAAACAAACAGCAGCAGCCUCCUGAACCUAAAAAAUAAGCUUAUUCUGCGUUCACGCCAUGUCAUAAUUACCGAAUUAAGAGAUGGCGUUCUGCUUGGAGCUGUUCACAUUCUCAGACUCAAAAUGAAUCUGAAGCAGUCAAGUGGGACAAAGUUUUUUACCUUCAUUAUUACUGCAAUGUUAAAUAGCACAAGCACACUUUUAAAGCAAUCAGUUCACAAAUAGAUAUUUUAACAAAGCAAUAGAUUUACUGUUCAAAGUGAAGACUAAACAUACUAGGACUUUCUGGUUGUGUAAUGAGAGUGAGUGUCAUGAACUUGGGAAUCAAGACCACUUUGUUUGACAUUUUCCUAUCUAAUGGAAUAAACAUUCAAACGUGUUAAGAUUUAAGACUUACCACAAGUGUCCAAAUACUAUAUAUAUAUAUAUAUUGGGGACACUAUGUUUUGAGGGGCAAGUAUUAUAUUUCAUUGUACAGCUUUUCUAUUGAUUAUAAUCUUUAUUCUGACUCUGUGCUGAAUCACAUAGACAACGUUGCAAUUUUAACUUGUACCCAUUGCCUUAUAUAAAUAAAUGCAGUCUAAUGCACAUUUGGA